AUGGAUACAGAAGUAACAUCUAGUAAAUUUGGAAGCAAGAAAGGAAGAAAAUUAAUUACCCUUACAAAUAUUCAAAAAAAAGAGUUGUGUGAAUACAAAAUCGCCAAUCCAAACCAAACAUAUGAAGGAAUUGGUAAGAAAUUUGGAAUUGGUAAAUCAACUGUAGGAGAUAUCCUUAAUGAAAAGGAGAAAUGGCUUGCGAUUGCAGAAAAUUCAACAGAUGCCAACAAAAAACGCAAUCGUGGAGGUGAAUGGCCACAGUUAGAGGAGGCAUUGGCAAUUUGGGUGAACCUUGCAAAUGAGGCUAACCAUACAGUAACUGGUGCGAUCUUGAGUCAAAAGUCGGUGCAAUUUGCUCAAAAGCUUAAUAUUUCUGAUUUUAAAUCAUCACAAGAAAAUAGGAUUCAAGCAUAUGACGAAAACCAAGAACUUGGUGUUGAGAUUCCUAGGUUAAAUAUUUUGAAUGCAAUUAAUUGGACUGCAGAAGCAUGGGAUAGUGUCACUGAUGAUACAAUAUACCGUUGUUGGCAAAGAACAGGUAUUCUACCUAAUGAGGAUGAGGAAAUGUAUGAAGAACCAAAUGAAUUAGAUAAUGAAUUAGAAAAUGAAGAAAAUACAGUCCAAUCACUUAUCAAUCAAAUGAAUGUUGAUGAUAUCAUGGCAACUCCAAGCAAUCCAAUAUCAAAUACAGUCGCUUUGGAUAAUAUUCAAAAUAUAUUUGACUAUUUUCAACAAAAUUCUGAUAUUAAAGUAAAUGGUUCAUUAAUUUCAGGAUUGAAAAACCUACAACGUCAAAUCAGAAGAAAACAAAAUGCAUCUCUAAAGCAACUUACCUUGGAAAGUUUUUAUAGCAAAUAA